AAAUCAUAUGAAGAAGAGCAAUAUCUUAAGACUGGUCAUAAUGAAUGUGUUCAAGUAAUUGAACGUUUGCUCAUAAAGUAUAAGAAAGAGCUUGAACAAGCUCAAUCAAAUUAUAAUCAAAGACUGAAAGACCAAUAUUAUAGCUCUAAAAUAGAUCUUCAUGUAGAUAAAAUUUUAUAUCUGAUUUGUAAUCUGGAAAAUGAAAAUGCAAGUCUACUAAAGCAGACAAUUUCGUUACGACGAGAUAAUAUUUAUGAUCCCAAAGACGUUGAAUUGAUCAAACUAAAUGAAAAUUUGUCAAAAACUAUAGAUGAACUUAAAAAUGAGAAGGACACUAUAUUUGCCGUCAAGAGUGAGAAUAAUCAACUUUUGGCAAAAUUAAAACAAUUACAAAAAACCAAUCACACAACACAAACGAUAGGUGAUACUAAUAGUACUAUUAUAGAUGUAAUACCAACACAAAGCUUUAGAAAUUUAGAAGAGAAUAAGCAACUCUUUCUCGAAACGGUUACCCAAAAAUAUGAAGCUAUCUAUAACUAUUUAGGUUAUAAAAUUGAAAUUUUUGACGAUAAUGAUGUUUAUUUAACAUUAGUCGAAGAUGACGAUAAUAGUGAUAGUGAUAUGA